GACAUAUGGGAGCUGCACCCGAAUGAAGGAUCGUUUUAGAGUGGCAUGAAUCUUCCCAUAUUUCGGGAAAGUAUUCAUCGGUUUGCAUCGGUUUUCCUGAUGUUGACGUGUCUUAAAGGCCGACGAGACGCGUUGGAGAGCAUGCUGCACGGGGAUGCUUGGGCACACAUCCCGUGGGAGCGCAGGCAUGUAUCGCAGGCGCAGUGGGUGCAGCAGCAGAUCCGGGACGCGGAGUUUUGGCGUUGUGUCCAGUACACCAUCCUUGUCAUGGCGCCCGCUCACCAGCUGUUGCGCAGGAUGGAUAGGAGGGGGAUGAUGAUGUCCGUCGUUUACGAGUGGAGUCAGCAUGUGCAAGAGUUGAUGAGGAGGGUCGACGUGGCGGAGGACAUGAUCGAGCCGUGCCACGAGCGCAUCAACACGGCGAGGCGCUGCAAGCUUGGGUUUGCCAAGCUUGCACAGUUGGUUGAGAUUGCCACCAACCUCAAACUGGCCUCGUGCGCAUGGCAGGGUGGUGGCUACGUAUUGCCAUGGGUUAUGGAGACCGGUCGAGAGGGGACGGCGGUAGAGGACGAGGAUGAGGAGGGAGACGUGGAGCCCGAGGUGUGGGGAGCGCGACCUGCAGGCAGUGUUCCUGAGCAGAAGAUCCAGCGGCAGAUUGUCGCUUUCCAUGACAGCCGACCGUCCAGAGCCCAUUCGGUUCGGGACGUGUUUGGCAAGAGGGCGACGGAGCUGCGACCGUGGCGAGAGGGCGGGGAUGAUGCGGACGCUGCUGCGGAUGACGACGACAUCGACGACAAGUGGACAAACGAUGAUGACACGCCGCUGAGUGGCUACCCGACGGCUGAGCAGUACUUCACCUACGGUGGGGGACGUGACGACAUGGAUUCAUUGACAUCAGUUAUCACUGGUGGUGUGCCGUCGACCGCACAGGCGAGUGGCAGCAACAGGGCCGGUGGUGGUCGUGGAGGACGUUCGCAUGCGGAGGUCGACGUCGACGACUUGGGGGAGCAGGAGCCACUGGGAGGUCUUCGGCAGACAGGCAGGUGUUGGGAGGUUAGGAGCGACAGCGAGGCCGAGGAGGAGGCCGAGGAUGAGCGGGUACCCUUUCACGAUCAUCGCUUCUCUCCCUCCCAUCAUCGGAGCAGUGCACAACCCGAGGCACUUAGGCGUUCGGAGGGGUUGGCAUCGGCAGCAGGCAGAGAGCGGACACAUGACGGCGAGGAUCGUGGGGGGGAGAGGACUCCUUCCGACGCCGAGGAGGAGAGGGAUGCCCGUUUGGGUCGAGAGGAGGAGGAGCGGCUGGGGAGUUUGCCACGAUGGGAGGGUUGGUUCGCGUAUCUUGACGAGCAGCGUCGGCAGAGGGGUUUGGAGACAGGAGGGGGGGGAGGCCGUGACGACGACGACUCGGGUGUCCCUAAGGAGGCAGUUCAGGGGGAGUUCGAUGAUGAAGGACAGGAUGCCGCCGCGGGUAGUGGGUCAGGUGGUGGACGCUGCGGCGACGGGGAGACCGCGGGUGAUGAGGGGCAGGAUGUUGUCGUGGGCGGUGGGUCCCGUCGUGGGGGGCGUGCCGUGUGUGGCAGGGGAGAGGGUGGACCCGGUAGAGAUGGGGACACCGCGGGUGUCGGGGGAGACGAUGGACCGGACGAAGAUAAUGACGACGACCACGGUCCCGAGGACGAUGCGUAUAGGCUCGCCUUGGUGUUGAGGGACCCCACAGUACCUCCCUUGCGCCCUGACGACCCAGCGCACACUUUCUUCGACGUCGAUGCUUUGGUGCAAGCGUUGACGGAUGACCCUUUCACACACAUGGGCCUCGUGAGCGGCAAGAGGCGGGCCCCUGGGAGGGUGUAUUCACCGCCACCGUUCGUGGUGCAAAGCCCUCGAUGGUCGGGUUCGUUGCUCAGCGGCGUGAGAGGGAGGGAGUCCAGAGCAGGUGAGGUAGGGUCCGGCAGACGCAGCAACGGCGGCAGAGACAGUGCAGGAUCGAUGCCUCCACCGCCCGCACGGACUCCGGAGGCUGUGGUCGACGCCGGGGACCAGACGGCGGCACCCGGAGUUGCGCACAGUGGCAGUUCCCCGUCGACAGUCCAAGGUGGUGUGGGUGGAGGAUGGUCAGCUGUUUGUCAGGUCGGGGACCGGUUGCGGGCGGAUUACGACGUCGGGAGGGGCGUCUUCUCGAGACGUACGCCAGUUUAGACGCAGGCUGCGGAGGGUUGGUCAAGACGUCCGAGCCUGCAGAUGGCAGGCCGCAUGCUCGGUUUGUCACGAGCAGAGUCGAGGAGAUCAUUGGUCCUCGAGGCCGCAGGGACAUCCACGGACAUGCUGCGGGGACAGCAGUACACAUCG